CGACUACAGCGCCGCAUUAAACCGUUCAAUCGUAUCACUGGCGCAGUGACAUAGUACGUUCGAGGCAUAGUCGGCGAAAAGACUUUUACGUAUCUUAGGUAGAGGAACAGCGAGCACACUACUAAUUACAAUGGAGAUUCAAAUCCUGACUGCUAAGUCAUCGAAGUUUAUAGUCAAUGUGUCCGUAAAACCUGCUACAACCAUCCGGGAAAUUAAGGAAGAAUUAUAUAAGUUAAGAAAAGCACCAUAUAUACACAGACAAAGUUUAAGGCUAAAUCCUAAAGGAAAGGCUUUAUCUGAUUCAGAUACUUUGCAAAGUUUAUCUAUUUCUGAUGGUGGAAAAUUAUACUACAAAGAUCUUGGACCUCAGAUUAGUUGGAAAACUGUAUUCUUAGUGGAAUAUGCAGGUCCAUUAUUUCUAUACAUAUGGAUAUAUCAACGUCCAUGGAUUUUUUAUGGUGAUGCAGGAGCAUCUAAAAUUCAUAAUGUAGUCCAUACAGCAGCUGUUUGCUGGGGAGUGCAUUAUGCAAAACGACUUCUAGAAACAUUAUUUGUGCAUCGAUUUAGUCAUGCAACAAUGCCAUUGCGCAAUCUUUUCAAAAAUUGCUCAUAUUAUUGGUUGUUCGCUAUGUAUGUAGCAUACCAUGUAAAUCACCCACUGUACACAGCUCCUAGCCAAUGUCAAUAUCUUGUUGGUCUGGCAACAUUUGCACUUUGUGAAGUGGGUAACUUAAGUAUUCACAUAGCUUUGAGAAAUUUGAGACCACCAGGAAGUACUGUAAGGAAAAUACCAGUACCCACCAGCAAUCCUUUCACAGCUCUGUUUAAUCUAGUAUCUUGCCCAAAUUAUACUUAUGAAGUUGGAAGUUGGAUUGGCUUCACCAUCAUGACUUCAUGUCUUCCAGCUGGUCUAUUUACUUUUGCUGGUGCAUAUCAGAUGACCAUUUGGGCAUUAGGAAAACACAAAGCAUACAAAAAAGAAUUUUCUCAGUAUCCAAAAUGUAGAAAAGCUAUUGUCCCGUUUGUCCUUUAAAUGUUCUGUUAAUUC